GUAAACUAUAACUAAAAUAUAAUACAAUCCACACUUCAAUCUCAAAAAAUAAUUAUACCAAAAAUCUCAAAACACACAUCAAAUAUGCAAAUCAUUCAUAUAAUAGCCAUAAUCGCAGGACUUAUAGUCCUCACGAGCUGUGCCGAUGACCAGUGCUCGACGUUUAAGGACUGCAAGGGUUGUAUAGAAAUGAAGACCUGUUCCUUCUGGUACUGCGGCUCUAAAGACAAACCUGAAAACGGAACGGCAUGUAAAUCAGAUCACGAUAAGACACCCGAAGACCCCUGUCCUCAACCAUUCAAAUGGCUUAAAAUACAGCAUAAAGGCAUAUGUCCUCAGGUACCCACCACCACUACUACCACUAGUACAACUACCCCAUCUACUACCACCAAAGGCACCAUAACUACCACCAAUGGCACCAUAACUACAUCGACCACAAAAGUACCGGACACAACCACCAGCAGCACUAAAUCACCGGAUACUACCACCGCUAACGGCACCACAACCAGCCAAACACCGGACACACCCUCCACUUUGCCAACCACUCCGAUACCAACUUCAAACAAACCGCAACCACAGCCCCAACCGGUGCCGCACACGGACUCCGACAAGAAGCUGACGGGUUGGGCCAUCACUGGGAUAGUGUUGUCCAGUGUGGCCGUCGUUGUCAUCCUAAUAGUGGUCGCCCACAAGAAGGUGAUGAAGAUAUAUAGGGCUCGCAAUCCGUACCGAACUCUCGAUGAAUGAAAACCAAAUGAGCUUUUUAUCAUUCAUUUCAAUCUCUAUUUUUGUGUUUUAAAUAAUAUUAAUUAUUACAAAAC